UGAAGCACCAUGUUUAUCUGUGCAGUCAUCACCGACCGCGCCUGUCCAUAAUCUUCCCACUCGAGUCUCGGUUGGUCCGACCCCACAACGCUGCUCUGGUCUCCCUGCUCGUAUGGGCCAUUGCCGUCCUGCUCAUUUACCUCAGCUUUCCUAACACAAUCUACUGGCACCAGAAGAGUGGCAUCGGCUACUGUGGAAUUGUGGUAACCUCGUGGUUCAGACAGAUCCAGUUUGCCAAUCAUUGGUGAGUUCUCGUCGAUGAGGAGGCAAUGACAAGAGGAGCGGAGCCGUGACAGACUGUCUUCUGUGACCCGACCAUCGAAGUAGCUAAUCCUGUUGACAAUCUGGGAACGUUUACAAUUUUUCCAAAUGCAUCCAGAGAGAGAUCCCUCUCCGUGGAUCAGAAUGCGAUCCAAGAAGGACAGAUAAUGCGGAAAAGCUUUCUAGACAGAGCAGGGCAUGAAAUAAACGAGAACUGCACAUAUGCUGACAGAACCAGCUCAUUGAACCUGUAGGAAGCAUGACAGCAUAUUCCUGUAUAUUUGAUCUAUUUAUUUAUUUUGGUGAAGUAGAAAUUGUGUCUGUAUUUCACCACCGGUUUCCAUAUUUGCAUGCACUAAUUCUAUCAACCGGUUAAAGAGAUCAGUCAGAAUUUAUUUUUCAAGAUGACGGUGGAGGGUUCCACAAUAAAGAGUCGGAUCAAAAAUCUGCUUCGCUCGCCAUCUAUAAAACUGAGAAGGAAUAAAGCUCUGAACAACAAAGAAAAUCUCACUAACAAGGUGACACUGGAGAAGGUGCUAGGGAUCACAGCAUUUGGGAACCGCGCUUUGGCCUGUGACCCUCGCUCUGGACUCGUGGCCUACCCAGCUGGAUGUGUGGUGGUGCUGCUGAACCCAAAGAAGAACAAACAGCAUCACAUCCUCAACAGCUCCAGGAAAACCAUCACCACUCUGUCAUUUUCCCCUGAUGGCAAAUUUGUGGUCACAGGAGAGAGUGGGCACAUGCCUGCUGUGCGGGUGUGGGACGUUGCAGAACGGACCCAGGUUGCUGAGUUACAGGAACAUAAGUAUGGCAUCUCCUGUGUGGCUUUCUCCCCCAACAGCAAGUACAUCGUCAGCGUGGGAUACCAGCACGACAUGAUUAUCAAUGUUUGGGCCUGGAAGAAAAACAUAGUGGUGGCAGCCAACAAGGUGUCCAGUAAAGUCACAGCUGUGUCCUUCUCAGAUGACAGCAACUACUUUGUCACGGCAGGGAACAGGCACGUCAAGUUCUGGUACCUGGAUCACACCAAAUCAUCCAAGGUGAACGCCACGGUUCCUCUGCUGGGUCGCUCGGGGCUCCUGGGGGAGCUGAGGAACAACUUCUUCAGUGACGUGGCAUGUGGGAAGGGUCGUAAAGCCGCCAGCACCUUCUGCAUCACCUCCUCGGGCCUGCUCUGCGAGUUCAAUGACAAACGCCUGCUGGACAAAUGGGUGGAGCUAAGGACCAGUCAGGCCACAUCUCUGUCUGUGACGGACGAGCUGAUCUUCUGUGGUUGUGCCGACGGCACGGUUAGGGCAUUCAGCCCCGUCAACCUGCACUUCAUCUGUACCCUGCCACGCCCACACUGCCUGGGCACAGACAUCGCCACUGUGGUGGAGGCUAGUCACCUCUUCAGCCACAAGAUGGACGCCCGGUGUCCAGACACGGUGGCUGUAUCUUAUGACCCUGCGAGUCGCUGGCUGUCCUGUGUCUACAACGACCACAGCCUGUACGUGUGGGACGUACGGGACCUCCGCAAAGUGGGCAAGGUCUACUCCGCCCUUUACCACUCGGCCUGCGUGUGGAGCGUCGAGGUGUACCCAGACAGGGUAAGUGAUGGCAGGCAGCCCUGUCUGCCUCCAGGCUCCUUCCUCAGCUGUUCUUCAGACAAUACCGUCCGGCUCUGGAACACUGAUGGACACAACACAACUCUCAGCCGCAACGUCAUCAGCAACGACCUCCAGAAGAUCAUCUACAUGGACAACAACACGGCCGGCCUGCUGGACACAGAGUGCCUCAACUCGGGGAACGGAGAGAAGGCCGACCCCCAGACCUCCGAGACCAGGACGGGCAUCAGGACCAUGUGUGUCAGCCCAGACGGGCAGCACCUGGCAUCGGGCGACCGGACCGGCACCUUGAGGAUCCACGAUCUGGAGAGCAUGGGGGAGAUUUUGAACGUUCAGGCCCAUGACUCAGAAAUCCUGUGUCUGGAAUACUCCAAGCCUGAGACGGGGCUGAAGCUGCUAGCCACAGCGAGUCGAGACCGGCUGAUCCACGUGCUGGAUGCAGAGCGGGAGUACAGCCUGCUGCAGACGCUGGAUGAACACUCUUCUUCCAUCACCGCUGUACGAUUCGCUGCCAAUGAAGGCAAGGUCAGGAUGAUCAGCUGUGGCGCUGACAAGAGCAUCUACUUCCGCACAGCGCAGAAGUCAGAUGAAGGAACCGUGUUUACCCGCACCCACCACAUCGUACGCAAGACAACGCUGUAUGACAUGGAUAUCGACCCCACCAGGAAAUAUGCUGUUAUUGGUUGUCAGGACCGCAGCAUCAGAAUCUUCAACAUCAGUAACGGAAAACAGAAGAAACUGUACAAGGGCUCCCAAGGAGAGGAUGGGACUGUCAUCAAGGUUCAGACAGACCCCUCAGGGCUGUAUGUGGCCACCAGCUGUUCAGACAAGAACAUCAGCAUCUUUGACUUCUACUCUGGGGAGUGUGUGGCCACCAUGUUUGGACACUCUGAGGUUGUGACUGGAAUGAAGUUUACCAAUGACUGCAAGCACAUGAUAACUGUGUCUGGUGAUAGCUGUAUCUUUGUGUGGCGUCUGGCCCCAGAGCUGACCAUCAGUAUGAGACAGCGUCUCUCGGACCUCAAGCAGAACGGCAAGCCAGUUCAGAAGACCCCACCUCACAAACCUUGCAAUCUCAGCACCAGGAGAGAGGUACAUAGCACCCCUCCAAUUGUCACCAUGUCCUCUGACAGUGACAAAGAGGUGGAGGAGGAGGGGAUAGAAGAGGAGGAUGAGGAAGAGAGGGUCUCUCCUUACAUGGUGUCAGGCUGCAUUGCAGGGGAAGAGACAGACACCUCAGAUGAAAAGCACAACUCUCACGAACUGAAGAGGGAGAACUCUUUUGGCAGGCGGUCCUCCCAGGGCAGUCACCACUCUGAGGACAGGGGUCCCCGUCCGCGGCGCCGCUGGUCCAGACGCAUGGACAGCAUGGAUCUGAUGGUCAAGUCCAUGUUGGACCUCAGACAGCUGGACUCCUUCGCCAUGCCCCCCUCCUCCCCCACUAAGACCCAGACCCAGCCUGUUUCUGACUCCUUCAGAGACCCAUUCAGAGAGGACGAGCUGGGCAGCACCAUCAGCCUGCAACCCCUCACUGCAUGGGGGGAGUCUGAGCAGAGGUCCCAGCAGCGGCCCAAAUACAUCAUGCUCUCUCCACAGACACCUGACACAGAGACAGGCCCAGUGCUGUACCCCGACGGCUUUGAGGACAGGGUCAGCUUAGCCGGCAGUGAGUACCUGGUGAAGGAGCUGCUGCCUGGGCCUGGGGCCAGCAGGAGUGUGAAGGGGUACCAGAACCACAACCAGUGGAGCCAGGGCCACCAUGACAAACACAGCUCAGACAGUGCCUUCUCUGUGGACUACUCCAGCAGCAGACUGUCCAGCCCAGACAGUCAGCAGCAGCCUCCUGGAGAGGAGCCCACGGAGCCUCUCAGUGUGGAUGGGAAUUCCUCUGAAUUGGACAUGGAGGAACUGGAGGUGGAAGAGGAGGGGGGCGUAGGGAGGGGAGAUGCCAAGGGGAUGACGGUAGUACCCCAGACCCCGGACCAGGAGGCCUUCCUCAAACAGCACUUUGGCAACCUGGCUGAGCUUAACAACCCAGUGAGUCCGACGAGAGUUGUCACCCCUGACAGUAUCAGCAUCUCCUCCAAGUUCCUGUCCCAAUGCUCUACUGGAAGCAGGACCUCCUUUCCAUUCCUAUCUAAGAGCAUUGGUGAGGGGAAGGUAGGCAGCGGUGUGGUGAAGCCCCUGGUCUCUCAGGUGAGGCCUCUCAUGGAUCACAACCAGGGCCAGAGCCACAACCAGGACAGAGACCAGGGCCAGAGCCACAACCAGGACAGAGACCAGAGCCAAGGCCACAGCCAGAGGAAGGUCUCAGAAGACUCUCAAAAGGGCCCCACCGGGAGACUAGAAGUAGUGGACACUACGGAGAAGUGUUUUAAUCUGCGGGCCUCUCCUCUGAGGAAGAAGCUGUUUAAUCCUGCAGUGGACUCUCGUAGGAUGGUCAGCCCUGUGGCCAAGGCUGCAGCCUCUCACCUCACAACUACAGGAAUGAGGAAGUCCCAGUCAGUCCAGAACCUGCACACUGAGGUAGACAUGCCUCUAAGUCUGUCUCGGCCCUCCAAGGAGGUGGCCCCCCUGCCCCAUCACUCCCAGGCCAGCGAGGGUCCAGGGACACUCCCCACCACCCCCCUGCCCCAUCACUCCCAGGCCAGCGAGGGUCCAGUGACACUCCCCACCACCCCCCGCAGCACACUGCCCAGCGUGCCCCCUUUCUGCAGCCCCACCUCCCUCCAGCCUCAGGACAACACCAGUACCAGCCAGAGCACAGCCACUAUGCCCAGGAGCCUAAAGUCCCGCUGCUCCUACAUGAGCCCCACCACCAGUUCCAUGGCCAAGAUGUCCCGCUCCGUGUCCAUGGGAGACAACCUAAACAUGACUGAGGAGGAGUCUGGGUCUGGAAGUAGUUCCACCCCUCCAACGACUAAGAGUCAGAGCUGCUCCUCCCAGAGUCCGAGUACUAAAACAUCUAUCCCAGUUGCCAUGGUCUCCUCGGCGUCCUCCUCCCUCUCAGGGAUGGGUUUAGCCAUGCCCCAAGCUGCUGUUAUCCCCACCUUCAUAGCUAGCUCUAACCCUAACCCAACCACCAAGAGUCUGCAGGCCAAGCUGACGUGCAGCACCCGGCCCCAGCUCAACCUGGACACCUCCAAGUCCCUCCCAGACAAGCCCUCCCUGGCAGUCUUCACACCCAACGGUACCUCCAAGACCACCACCACUUCCUCCAAGACUGUCAACGAGGACAACCUCUCCCCAAGAUCCCCAGUUAGCUUAUUGCCCCAGCAGGGCCAGAAUCAACCACCACCGCUCUCCAACAACGUCCAGCUAGUCAUUGCACUGUCCCCCUUCCCUGCUGCUCCUGUGGAGACUAGCCCAGUGCAGAGCCCUGAGGCGGAGCAGCUUGGUCUCACCGCGGAGCUGCGUCCUGAGGCCCCUGUUGUAGACAACAGACUGGAACAGCCAAAGACAGAGGAAAGCCAGGGCCUGACCCAGGAGGAGAGCCCCGUGACGGAGCUGUCUCCUCAGGGCAAUCCGGUCUACCUGCUGUCACAACGAGGGCCCGGCCAGGACCGCACAGGUUUGCUCCAGCGUUCUCCCUCCUUCACCCUGUCAUCUCUGCAUCUGGGCCUGCCCCUGACCAGCACCAAGCACUUCUUUACUACUGGUGCACUGUGGCCUGCUGUCUCCACCCCCAUGUACUCUUCACCUUCACCCUGUCCAUGUCCUCCGUCACUUAACCGGUUUCUCUCGAUUGAGGAUUCUCUCAGUAUGGAGUCGUGCAGGGUGUUGGCCAGCGAACUACAGAACUCGUUUAGGAAGGCCUCCCGGUUCUACAGGAUGGUGAACAGUGUGCCUGUAGCCUCCAGGCAGGAGCAGCAUGAGAUGGCCCGCGUCCUGUCUGAGGCCUUUGAGGUUGUGAGGGCUGAGCUGAGCUCCCUGCCCCAGAGCUCACCACCAUCUCCCUCUGGAGAACCUGCAGCAGGAGGCUCCCUGUGUACGCUGGGCUACCGGCCUGCAGGACCAGGGACAGGGGGAUCAGGCUCAGGGGAGGAGAGGACUCUGGCUCUGCUGGAGCAGUACUCUGAGCUCCUCCUCAAAGCUGUGGAGAAGAGGCUGGACAACAAUCAGGUCUCCUAGAGACAUCUCAAGGGAGAGGCAUCUUAUUUUACCCCUCCCUUUAAGACUGAACCAACAGAUAUCUGCAGAUACCAUUGCACAAUGGCUUAAAAUUCUACAUUUGCCUGAGGGUUCUCUGGCAAAUGUAGAAUUUUAAGCCAUUGUACAAGGAUAUCUGCAGAGCUGAUUGAUUAGUGGAACUACUACAGUACUUGUUUUUUAAAUCAACGUUUUGAAGAUGAACAAAUUAAAAUAUUCCUGAGGGACAUAUUUUUUACAAGUUCUUUGUUAAAGGACUUCUAUCUCUCUCGCGCUCUGCUGGACUCUAGUUGGGUGGUCCCCUCUCUCCCUGUCAGAUCUCUGUAGGACUUGGUGGGAUUGUGAGGCUUGCAGUCAGCACAAAGGCCCACUGUCAUAGGCCAACGUAUAACACUAACAUGCCAACAGCACAGAUACUGAUACUGUAGGGAGACCCCUCAGGAUGAUCGAUGCCUCAGCAUUCAUUCCCAGUGUGGCUAAGCUGCACUAUAGACUGUCAUUCACCAACCUUCCUCCCUCUGUGUGUCACUUACAGUACCUACCAGACAACUGCACUCUCACAACCACUUGUUUUAUUUACCCCUGUUGCCAAAUAUUAUGCCCUGCUACUUUGUUUUAAGUAAGUUAGCCUGAGGCUAAUACAUAAGUAAUUAGCGGUUAUGCUCUUUGUUACAUACUCUAGAUCUCCCCUAGAUUAAGGAAAUAUGAAUAGUUGCUACAUUUGAUGCGGGUUAUCAUUUUGGGUAGAAGUAGCAGAACAUUUUGAAGAAUCGAAGGGUGUUGUUGUCCAAUACCUUUCCUAACCCCAGUGAUCUAAAACAAUACAAUUGUGAUCGCUACAAUUUUAACUUUCUGUGUUGGUGUCCCUGUCCCGAACAGGGCUCUUAUCCACCAACACGAUGGACCAGGCCAUAGCCUCCUCAAAACUACAAGUGGAACACAAGACCCUUCCAAGUCUUAGAAGCCAGAUUAUCAGACAUAAUGUUUUAGUGGGUGAUUUGAUACAUUGUGUUUUGAGAGGCCCUGUCUGUGUGUGGUUGUAUUUAUUAUGUUGUAAAAGGUCCAUGUUACAAAGGGGUUUUUUCAGCCUCUUGUUGUACAGUUUGUUUUGAUACUGCUGACUGGUGUCAGUAUGUUUUGUGCCAGAGCUAGGUCAUCAGUGGGGGACCAACAUGCAAAAAACAGACGACCUUGAAGAUAUACAGUAUCAACUGAGUCUCCUCGUUCUUCAACUCUACUGGAUGAUUUUAUAAAACGUGUGAAUUGUGUUCCCAGUAAUAAUACAAAUGCCUUAAUUCAAAACCAGCUUUUUUCAUGGUUCUAAAUGUGUUAGGCAAUACCAAAAUAAUAUUGAAUUGUAAUCAAAAGGCAACUACUGAAAUGUAUCUACUGCUGUGGGAAUCAAAUGACAUUGAGGAGAAGUGUUCUCUGGUGACAAUGAAUAGAGACAUCUUAGUGUUGGGUUACCUGGGGGUAAGAACAUAUUUCAUUCAUAGCUCUUCAGAGCUCUGCCGCACCAAUUCCUCAACAUUAAUUGGCUUCAUGUUUUUAUCCUAGUCUCUGGUACAUUUCUACCACAGUAACAAUAUAAAGCACUUUCUUUCCUAUCAAAAUGGUCAUAGGUCAAAUGAAUGUAUUUGUAAUAGCUUAGGAUACUAAACUGAACCUUCAGGGUCUUUCUGUGUGUAUAAUGGUGUAACUAAUCUGAGUCAAGGGCUCAGACUAAUUCUUAUGUUCUGCUGCUCCUAUGGUAAUUGUGGCCGCAGACAAGCACAACAUUGCCCUCUGCUGUUGGACCUAAAUCACUGCCCAGCUGCUAUGACAGACAGCCCAAUCACUCACCUCCCACCACUCAUCUCUGGUCAGGAUAAUGAUAUAAUGCUAUAAUACACUAGUGCUCUCAAACAAUCUUUUAAUCAUCUGUGUAUACAGUACUGGGUAUUUUCUCAGUUAUUGUUACUUGUUGUUAGGAAACUUUCACAUAUUGGUAGAAACAGUCUGAUCAGGUACCCAAUGUUCUUCUAUCCUUUCAAAGUGCCACGCCUGUAACUUUAUCCUUUCUACUCUUGAUUAAAGAAAGCAUUGUAUGUACAAAUGACUAGAUGGAUGUGCAUGGACAGACCGCAAAUAUUUUAAAUUGCAGUCGAGCCCUGACAGGACAUGGGUAAUGGUAUAGAAUAAGAAUUAAUUAUUCUGCUGUUCAUUAGGUAUUCAGUAUUUCCCCAUCUGAUUGACAAUAUUCAGAACGGUAACGUUAUCUAGCAGACUGGAGGUUUCAUUAAGACAGGAUUGUAUUUCAAUGGACAGUAGUACAGAUAACUUAUAACUUUCUGCUGCUUGUAUGCAUGAGUAUAUAUGCAUGAAGGGUGGUGAGGUAUGGAGGUUGACUGAUUGGCUCGUUCCUUAGUAGGAUUGCAUGGUUGAACGUACCCUAGGCUUUUUAAAGAAUCGAUAUCGCUCUUUUUCACUGACUGGUACCUCUGUAGCUGACCCUAGUUCUAACCUCACCUUUCGUAUGUUAUGAUGAUUACUUGUCUUAAACUGCAGAUGAUGGACCAGCAUUUUCCUCUUUUAGGAAUGAUCACCUUUCAGGCAUUUUGUGAGCUGUUUUCUGUUUUGCACCAACCUCAGUGUUUUUACUGUAUUCCCUCUGAACUUCUCUCUCUGCCAGGGAAUAAAAACAUAUUUAUUACACUCAA